AUGCCGCUCAAUAAUGAGAUCAGUAUUAUUGCUGUUUCAGACAAAGAUGCUGAAGAGAACAAACAUGGUACAGGUUACACAAACGAAGGCAUUGCAAAGAAGCCGGCAGAUUUUGAAACGGCCAUUGCAGCCGCCGGAAAUGGAAAGUUUCAGUACCUUCUACUUUUGGCGGUCAUUCCCGUGUCAUGGGCCAUCAGCAUCGACACUUCGAACGUGGCUAUAAUUCUUCCAUCCGCGGAAUGCGAUUUGCAGAUGACGCUCUUCCAGAAAGGAGUUCUGAACGCCAUUAAUUUUGUGGGAAUGGUUUUGAGUGGUUUCUUAUGGGGCUAUGUAGCUGACAUGCGAGGCAGAAGGGUUGUUUUCAUGUACGGUUUUCUAGCUGAUGGUAUUUGCAACGUUCUGUCGGGUUUCUCGCAAAAUUUCUGGACGCUUGCGUUUUUCAAGUUCCUCAGCGGUUGUAUAAUAAGCGGGCCUCAUGCUGCGAUCAUGACAUAUUGUCCCGAGUUCCACGAAGUCAAAAGUAGAGUUAAAGUCGCGCUGAUCGUCGGAUUUACCGGCACGUUCGGAAACAUCAUGACUGCAGGAAUGGCGUGGCUGAUCAUUCCGCAAACGUGGUCUAUCGUCCUCUGGGACGGUGCUUUCGUUUACAAUUCCUGGAGAAUAUUUCUUUCUCUAUGUGGCAUUCCGAUACUGAUCGGCGUCGGCUGUCUCUCCUUUUUCCCAGAGAGUCCAAAGUUUCUCAUGUCCCAGGGCCGCAACGAGGACGCGUUGAAAGUUUUCAAAUUGAUUUACAGACUCAACACCGGGAGAUCCGCCCAAGAAUAUCCGAUUUCACGCUUGGAAGAUAAAUCCCACUACAAAGCUGACCAAACUCAAAAGUCUCAUAGGACGGCCAUUUUCUUUAAUCCACAUUUGCCUCGACUUAUUAUGGUCACCGUUUUGCAGUUUGGAGCUAUGUUGGAAAUGAACACUAUUCGUCUGUGGCAGCCUCAGCUGUUCACGAUGUUGGAAAAUUUUCAAUCGCAGUAUAAUGGAACAGAAGGAAACGAUUCGACGUUUUGCGAAAUCAUGGACCUCUCGAUCCACAAGCAAAAUAAUUUCACGGCAGACGCGGAAGGAUCGAUUUGUGUAAACACGGUCGUGAACGAAUCGGUUUACAUGAACACUGUGAUCAUAGCAGCCUUUACAAACCUUUGCCUCCUGGUUACUAAUCUCACAUUGAACAUUGUGAACCACAAAACCUUGUUGUCCAUGUGUUACGGAGUGGCGAUUUCUUGCAUAGUGUAUUUGAACUGGUCGACGAACAUGCUAUCCACCCUGAUACUGACGUGCUUGUUCAUAGGACUGAUGCACGUGGCCAUGAACAUGGUCAUUGGUGUAGCCGUCAUCCUCUUCCCAACUUCGUUGAGAACGAUCGCGGUGAGCUUGGUAAUGACAACCGGAAGAUUAGGAUCGAUGAUCGGAAGCCUUCUCUUCCCCGUUCUGCUCGCGCACGGUUGCCUGGCGCCGAUAAUCUCGCUGGCGAUCUUCAUCAUAAUUUGCAUCGUUUCAACCUAUUUCCUGCCGUUGGCCAAGAAGACCAAGAAGUAAGGAAGCCGCCAUCGCGCUUGGAGCAUUCACAGAUUCGAUAUUACUUCCAUUCGCCAGAGUUCUCUCAGUAAUUCUUCGCUGAAAGCCGCCAGGCGUUUCGCUGAGUUUUCCUUCGAGGGAAAUAUCGAGGAAACUGGGUCAACGGGGUGAAU